AUGACUAAGAUGGAACGGCAGCACACUGACGACGCAUCGAUGACCGCGCAUCCGUCCCCCCGCGUCGGAUUUGUACUUUUCCUCGCGCUUUGGGCAUCUCUGCGGCACGGCUGCGGGCGCCCACUGGCGAAGGCCCAAGAAGGGCACGCCGACGAUGACGUCCGAGCAGCGACGCUGAGGAGCAAACGCUGCGCGUGUAGCAGUGCGCACGACUCCGAGUGCCACUACUUCUGCCACCUGGACAUUAUAUGGGUCAAUACGGCCAGCAAGACGACCCUUUAUGGCCUCGGCGGUGCCGCGGCGCGACAACGGAGGUCUGCGGGCAGGUGCGCUUGCGCUCACCUCCACGACCUAACCUGUGCCAGGUUUUGUUAUCAGAGAGGCGUGACCAGCAAGUCCGAGAAAGUCCGCAGUUCAUCGGACUGAGAUGGGGAAACGAUAUUUCGUUGAGGCUCAACAUCCGCCAGGCGGCACCUGAACGGCGGCGGCCAAGCGCCAAAGGAGCUGCCGGGCGAGGCCGACGAGGAGAAGGGGCGACGCCCGUGCUGGGAUUGCGUGGGAAAUGGCAGCAGGCUGAAAAAGAUAAGAGCCGUCGGGUUCAGAGUUUGACAAAAAUGUUCAAAAUGUUGCCUCAACUGGAAGGGAGACAGAAAAUAUGGAUUUGUUUGUUUGUUUUCUUUUCUUUUCAUUUUUUUUUUUUUUACAAUAAUUCCCAGCAUUCACGUAAUUUUAUUGUAAAAUGAGGCUGUACGGUGGGAUCGGAUGGUAAAUCGUCAGCCUCACAGUUUUGAGGACACCGGUUCGAUCCCGGACCCGCCUGUGUGGAGUUUGCAUGUUCUCCCCGCGCUUGUGUGGGUUUUCUCCGGGCACUCCGGCUUCCUCCCACAUCCCAAAAAUAUGCAACAUCAAUUGGACACUCUAAAUUGCCCCGGGGUGGGAUUGUGAGUGCGAUUGGUCGUUUGUCUCGAUGUGCCCUGCGAUUGGCUGGCGACCAGUUCAGGGUGUUACCCCGCCUCCUCCCCGUUGACUGCUGGGGAUAGGUUCCAGCACUCCCCGCGACCCUCGUGAGGAUAAGCGGCGAAGGAAAUGGAUGGAUGGAUGGAUGCAUUGUAAAAUGAGUUUUUGUGAGUGUUAAGGGGACUUGUGUGUGGUCUGUGAUGAAAACUGGAAAAGUUUUUCAUCUUUGAGGGUUGAUAAAUUCCCCUGUUCAUAAUAAUUCUAAUAAAGUUAUGGCCGGAUGAAUUUGUUGCGGAAGAACGCUGUCAAACAUCUUUGGAAUAAAUCCAGAAAGCAUAAUUCUCAAUAACAACCCACGUCGUGGGUCAGCCGGUCGGGCCGCGCGCGUUACGUUAUUUCCGGGUUUUGUCGGGGGCGUUCGUGUGCCGCUUUUCGUUGGAAAACAGAGGCAAAAAAAUCUCAAAAUUUUCAUUCGAAACCCGAUUAGUUGGGGAACAGAGACGUACUUGCUGGAAUAAGCUGACACCUGUGUAUUUUCACCUUCGACCUUUCCUGUUUGCUUUACGAAAUGACUUUGUGGCAAUGAGAAAAUUCACUCAAAGGCUUCCAAAGUGUGAAAAGCGAAGAGCAUUUUUUUUUUUUUCGUUUUUUUGGGACCCUCGCGGGUCCGCUUAUGGGGACGGGCAAACACAUCUGCGAGGCCCCAGGAUGGAUGAACGAUCCCGGAAUUCUCCACUGGAUCAAUCAAAAGUUUUGUUAUCGCAAGGAUUCCAGCCGACAAUGCGGCGUUUUGCAACGAUGCUGAAAAUGGCCCGUCGCUCCGUGAUAGCUUUUACUGUGCCCGCGCCAACGAGCCGCCGAAACAAUCCGAUGAUUCCUGUGCCACCCAAAGAAUAAGGAAGAGCGCUAACCUGCUUUUGCUGUUCGACAAUGUUGGCCAUUGACUCAUGCGGGUGUUUCCCUGCUCCGUUCCACGCCUCCGACCGGCCUGCCCCUGACUCUUGCCUGACGCGCGUCAUGCAAUGACUGCGUAUUAUAAACAUGUAUUAAUUGCCCGUAGGUGUGAUUAUGAGUGUGACUGUCUUGUCAACAUGUGCCCUGCGAUUGGCUGGCGACCAGUUCAGGGCGUACGCCGCCUCCUGCCCGGUGACAGCUGGCAUCGGCUCCGGCACUGGCCGCGACCCUCGUGAGGAUAAGCGGCUGAGAAAAUGGAUGGCUGGAACACUUAGUAGAGUGCAGACAGCUUGCCAAGGCUGAUUUCAUCCUGGACCAAAUCGAACAAGUUCACACAUCACUUCCUGCACAGUCCUAAAUUGAAUCCAUCAUGGAAUCGUCAGUAAGACCAUCACAAAUGGAAUCAUUCCAAGAACUGGUCUUCUUCUCAUUAAGAACUCUGUCCAUGGUGCUGCUGCUGCGGCGGCUGUAGGAAAGCCAAAAAGGAAGAAAUCAGAGCCAAGAAUUGCACAAGAGCCGCUCAUUAAUUUGCAUUCAUUUCUUUGACGUUUGUCCAUAAACAUCUAUUGAGGGAUGUGCCGUAGGUCCUCUCACAAUUAUAACACUGCAAUUACCGGUAUGUAUCAUUUUUCUUUCACGCAACAAACAUUUUUUUUUUUUUUUUUUUUUGUAAUUUGCCCACAAUAUAAUGGGCGCAAAAAUGAACAAACGUUUAAACUAAUUUGAGCAAUAAACCAACAACUUGAAAACUUUGAAUGAGGAAGACUUGGGCAAAGAGUUGAUUGCGACUUUUGAACAUUGACCUUCUAAAUCAACCACUCGUUUAUAAAACAAAGGAAUGAAAACGAGA